AUGAUUGUAGACUCCGUGACGUCCAUGAUGAACGGCGUGGAGCUGGAAGGUCUGACGUCGAACGGAGGCGUGCAUGCCGCCCAGGCCGACUCGAAGCCGGGCCACGGCGCCGUCAGCAGCGGCGGCGGCACCAGCCCUGGGCCCGGGCCCGGCCACGCGCCCCAGUCCUGCCAGACCGAGGAGUCCAAGACCAACCUGAUCGUCAACUACCUGCCGCAGACCAUGUCGCAGGAGGAGAUUCGCAGCCUCUUCUCCAGCGUUGGCGAGGUCGAGAGCUGCAAGCUGAUCCGCGACAAGGUGACAGGUCAGAGCUUAGGGUAUGGCUUUGUCAACUACCAUAAAAUUGAGGACGCUGAGAAGGCUAUCAGCACGCUGAACGGACUGCGACUACAGAACAAAACCAUCAAGAGUGUGGGCAAGGACCUGGCGUGGGCUCGUUGUUUGUUCCUGCUUUGA